AUGAAUGUAUUCCGAAACAAGAAGAAGGGCAAGGAUGAGCCAGAGAGCGUCCGUCCGUCUAUGGAAUCCGAGUCCUCUAGCCCCUUCCGAAUGUUUAGCAAGAAGAAAGGCCAGAACGAUGAUGCCAAGCCUGAUCUCGACAUCAGCACCGCCCUGCCAUCCACCGAUGAUUUCAGAACCAGCUUGCUCAUGACCGGUCUCUCGGCUCGAUUUUCUAUGCUACGCGAGCAGGAUGAUCCUACAACCAAGAUGGGGAAAGCUAGUGAUGACAGCGUGCUCUUCCCUCGGGGACAAUCGAAUUGGGGCCUUGGAGGAGGCCUACAGGACAUAGCUGAGGUCGAGUCGAUAAGAACGCCCUCCAUCUCUCGCCUGGAUGGCUUCAAUAUAGAUGACGCUACCGGAAGUGUCAUGAACCGAGCCAAGCCAGUUGAUGGAAACAACCUCUUUGGCGGCCGACAAAAAGUCUACAGGCUCCCAGCCAACGGCUCCGUGGGAAAGGAUGGUAACAUGUCCAGCAGAACUCUUCUCGAGGACGAUGUGGGUCUGUCUGCCUUUCAAAAAUGGCGGCUGGCAGAGAAGGAAAGGCAGAACGCCGAUGGAGGCGACUCUAAUGAAGCGGAAUAUUCCGAGCCUCAAUCAGAGCCUCAAUCGGAGCCCCAAUCGGACUCUCUAUUGGAGCCGCUGCAAGAGUCUCAGUCGGAACUCCUGUCAGAGUCCCGGUCUGAGACUAGCCGACGAAGAGAGACAAGCUCAACCGUUUCAUCGGUUGCGGCUCGCUACUCCACCGCAACAUCAGUUACCUCCCAAGGCGCACCGUCCAUCAGGGACUCCCAGGUCACUUCGUCGACUUCCACAUCCUCUGCGGAGCGGAGUGUCCUUAGGACAAGACGUUUGUAUGAGCAAGGUCUCAACCGCGACCUUCACGACCAGCAGUCGUCGGCCGUGUCUAGGAUGGAUUAUCUAUCCAAAGGCCGCCCCUUUGCGUCUGCGACACCGGAGGUAUCAGCUUCGCCAACUGCCAGCUUGUUUGGCGAUCGCAUUCUUGAGCGCCGACCUAUCCUGGCAAAGGCUAGUGCCCCCAACCUGCGGUCGUUCACACCCCCCGUCGCCAACUCUGCGUCGGCUUCUCCCGCCGAGCCCAGCUCCAAGUUCCCAGUCUCUGCUUCCAAGUCAAGCUUCGGGAUUCCGCCCAUCAGCCCUCCAAUGAGCGAGCCUGAAGAGCACCCCCUGCUUACCAUUCAGCCCAACGACAGAGGCAAGGCUACGGCAAUGGGCGUUUUUGAGAGACCGGCUGAGAAAUACGACGACUCUACUUACGCCCAGCGACAAAUACAGCUUCAGCAGGGACGAGAAACGCCUGUUAGCAAGCACCGCUCUGUGGAAUCUAGUGCCUCUAUUUCAGAUGCCAGGUCACAAUCUUCUUCAGCGAUACAAACGCAGCCACUGGAGAAGACUGAGCUCGCUGUACCCAAGUCUGCUGCUUCUGAAGAUCCAUCGUCCUUUUUUGAUGACAGCGACGACUCUUCCGUCCUGAGCGGACUGUUGGCUACUUCUGGCAACCCCCCAAGACUGUCUGUCGAAAGACCCAAUGACGGUGACCACCCAGCCUUCAAGAACUCUGCUGCCAUUCCUGCUCCCCUUUCACUUGGUCCCAGAACAUCGGGCGGCCUGUCCGUUGCCAGUCCUGCACCUGGACCUCCACAGGACUCUCCCACGUUGGGGCCGAAUAACGGCUUGAGUGGCAUGGUGCGGGCGCAUCUGCGCAGCGACAGCAAUGCUUCAUCGAUCUAUGGCAUGCCGGCACAAGACUCGGAGCAGAGUGCGGCACAAACCACGGCGCAAACCACAUCACAGACCGGUUUGGGCUUGGAUUAUGACCGUAGCCCCGGUCCAGCGCGAUCAGCUGCUAAUGGGCGAGCCAUGAUGUCUCGGUCUCCUUCACGCCACAGGACUUCAAACGACGAUGCAGAGAGAGAAGAGGAGGACGAAUUUGCCCGUCAUCUUGCGGAUGGCGCUCGACGCGUCCGCGAGAAACUCGGCUCAAUGGUUGACCCCGAGAUGGAUAAGCCCUCUCCGACGGCAGUGCCAUCCUUGGAGAGCCUCAAGGAUGUCCCACCCCCGCGGACAAAUGCAUUGGGCAUCCUAAAGUCGAAGUCCAGCCAUACCUCACUCUUUGAUCGCCAAGCUCGCGACCAAAGCCAACCGAGGGCCAUGAAGAUGGUCAUGUCAUCAACCUCGAACAGAAACAUGUCGCCUUCUCGCAGAGAAUCCACUGAGAACGCAGAUGAUUCACGUAGAGGUCGUUCAACACAGGCCCGAGAGCGGCCGUCGGAAGACGGAACCUCAACAGACAAGGAGGACAACGUCCAUGUUGGUCUCAAGGCCUUCCGUCAAGCACGCCUCGAGCUUCAGAAGAUGAAGGAUCUAGAAACAGCCCAGCGACCACCGGAACGGCCCCCAAUGGGAUCGCGAGUAGGGUCUCACGACGUAGGCGGCCCACCACCCGCCAUGUUUAACAGGAAGGCGCGUGAUGAGUCUCGACAUGGAAGCGGUUCUCGGGCAACUUCCCGAGCAGGAUCGCGAGCUCCGUCGGAGCGAGAGAGAAGCGGAUCAGAAACGAGCAAUGCUGGCCCACCUCCGAUUCGACCAAUGCGGUUGAGAAACGGAUCAAAUGCAUAUGAUGAUCAGUACAUGCCGCCUUCCCCGAUGGCGUCUCCUGUUGGCAUGGGCACGAGAUCUAGGAACGGCAGUCUUCUCGGAGCGACAGCUUCCACUCCGAACCUGCUGUCGAAUGCAGCGGCCCCUCCGCUGCCACCAAUCAACCCCCGGCGCAAGAAUGCCCUCGGCCGAGCCAGCGAGGAUGACAUGCAAUCACCGCGGGUCCCCGGAGGCUUCCCGGGUCCAGAUGACUCGGAUGACGACACCCUGGCGGCGCGUCGACACAAGUUGCGCAAGGCCACAAGCGAAGGCACCAGCUUGAGAUCACGAAACAACCCUCCCAGCAACGGCGUGAGACCACCACCCAUGCCUCAGGGAAACAUGCCUAACAACAGAUUUCCCGGCGGUCUCUUCUAA